AUGUCUCAACAACAAGUAGUAAUUCCACGUCAUUUGACUUCCAUUCAUUUGUAUGAAAUGAUUCAACCGGAAGUCUUGCAUCGAUUCUCAUCACUUCAAAACUCUAUCAAUAUCUUAUCCGAUUGUAUGAAUAAUGUGUACGGAGAGGAAUUUUCAAAGCUUGUCUAUGAUUGUGUUUAUUAUUAUGAACAAGCCUUGGUUGAGGAACAAUUAAAACUUUAUCAAAUUGUAAAGGAAAAAUUAGUUCAAUUUAAGGAUAAUAUUGAAGAAGAUCAGUGGGCAAUUGAACACUCGGUUUGUAUUGGUGAUGAUGAAGACAAAUCAACAAGUGCAACUACUUUGGAUAGAGUUAAACAUUUUGAAAAACUCUUGCAAAAGUUGGAAGAAUUACGUGAAAAAUAUGAAACUAAAUUACCUUCAAUUGGUGAUAAGACCAGAUUGAUUGAUGUUCUCGAUGAUUUGCACAGAGUAUUACUCUCAGCAGAAAAUUACAAAUCUCAAUUACUGAGUCUUUUGGAGCAAGGUAAUGAAGAAAGAGAGGAGAUUGAAAAUGUGAUUAGUCACCAUCCUCACGCUCAUUUAAAGUACAAUUCCUUUAAAACAGAUAUUGGGCAAAUUAGUGAAAAGGAAGAAAUGAUUUCUCUUUUGAAAAAUUAUGUAAAUACUCAAACCAAGGAAAGAUUGGAACAAUGGCAAAGAGAAGGUGCACUCUCUGUGGAAAGCUUUAUAGAACAUCAAAAUCUCUCUCCAAAUCAUAGUCUUCACGUUGACACAACACCUUACAAUGCAGUUUUAAAACAAUACUAUUUACUCUUCUCUGAAUUAUAUAGACAUGUUCUGGAUAUCAAUAGAUGUGUCACACUCUAUGCCAUCACGGUCUCAAAUUCUGAAAAGACAAAAAUUGUAUACAUUGGCAACACUACUGACAUUAAGAGAAACUUUAAACAAUUUGUAACAAAGAGUUCUGAAGAACAAGUGGAAAAAUCUGCAAUCAUUCCUCUGCUGAAGGUAGCAACUGAACUGCUCCAUCCAAAGUUCGAGGGUAUGACCAAGAAGAUACAUUUAUUUACUCUUGAUGAGAAGGACCAUGUUCCUCUCGAACUCGAUUCAGAUUUUCAUCACAUUCUUGAGGUUUCAACCAAGGAACUUAUUCAGGUCUUUAGUCCAGAGUUAAACGUGGCAAUAUGUGAAAAGUCUGAUCUACCAAAUCUGGUCCUUGAUGUUACUCCAUUUAGCAAACUUAACAAACAUCUCCAAUAA